AUGUGCCAACGUUCCCUCAAGCUGUUCUUCCUGGGCAUCAUUCUCAACUCCCUGGGCGGCUGGAACAACCUAGCCACCUACAGAGUCCCUGGCGUCCUGCAGCGUUUUGCCAUCUGCUACCUGGUCACUUCCUCUGUCGCCCUCGCCUUCACACCCGCCCAGCCUAAGCAGUACCAGACUGACAUCGGGAUUGCCCUGAGUGACAUCCUGCACCUCCUCCCUCAAUGGGGUGUUCACCUUGCCCUCCUUGCUGUCCACACACUCAUCACCUUCCUCCUGCCUGUGCCCGGGUGCCCUACGGGCUACCAGGGACCAGGGGGUGUGGCCUUGUUCCAGAAUGACACCCCUUCCCCUCACUGCAUUGGGGGUGCCGCAGGGGAGGUGGACCGCUGGCUGCUGACCACCAACCAUAUCUACCAGAAUCCGACCGCCAAGUUUGUGUACACCUCGGCUGCUUUUGACCCAGAGGGAGUGUUGGGCUCACUCACCUCCAUCUUCCAAGUGUUCCUGGGGCUGCAGGCUGGUGUCACCCUGCAGUUUCACAAGUCCCACAAGAGUCGGCUGGUGCGGUGGUUGAUAUGGGGCACAGCGCUGGGGGCCCUCGGUGCUGGCCUCUGUGGCGCCUCAAUGAACGAUGGUGUUAUUCCUGUCAACAAGAACUUAUGCCAGGAUCAUGUGAAGGGUCUGAGAGUGAAUGAAUAG